CGUGUAUUUGUAUGACUACUUAUGAACUUUUGAACUUUGAAUCACCAAGCGUGCACAACUCGUAAAGUUGAAGGACUAUUUAUGGACUUUUGAAACUUGAAGUACCAAUCGUGCACAACUCAUAAAGUUGAAGGACCAAUAAUAGAGUUUAGCCUAUUUCUAUCUGAUCCUCUUAAUGUAUUCAUACAGGCAUACAGGGGAAUUCCACAAAGCGAAACAAUGGCAGGCAAUGGGGAUCAAGUUGCAGCUUUGUUAUUCUGGGGAGGCGACAUAAUUAAGCGCGGAUACAUGGGGUCCGUGGAUUACUCCGAGCAAUCAAAAACCAUGUGCUUCUUGAGUCGUCGGAGUGGACACAAGGGGGUGGUGGAGGAAGAGCUUGCCGCAAUGAACUCUAGGGGUGUUAAGGCCACAAGUCUCGACGCUCUUUUCGGGAAGUACCCGAAAACCGUUCCGGGAGGGAAAGUGGUGUGUGAUGCCAUUCCCCUCACGGACGACCGGUCAUGGAAUUGGUUCUUGCAGGGGGCGUUGGCUUCUUGUAAUCGGGACCUUGUCCACUUGUAUGCCGUUGCUGGAUUGGGAACAGGGAUGAAGAUCUUCCUGAACAUAUGCGACAGGGGGAAGUCGAAGAUGAGAAUCCUCGACGUGGAGUCGACGAACACGGUUGGUGAUUUGAUGGAGCAGAUUGAGGUUUUGGAAGGCAUCUCGGGGGACAAAAUGCGGCUCUACUUCGAUUGCCAGGUGCUUUGCCCCGACUUCACACUGGGCUACUACGGCGUCGAGAAUGAAUCCGCCUUGGAUCUCUUCCCCCGUCAAUAAUGACGGGGGACUGCUGCCUGCGCCAAAACCAAACAAACCCAAAUGUGGAAUAGGGAAUGUGUUUGCUUCUAGCUUUUUUGUUUAUUUUUUAUAAACUAGAUUCGUAUCAUGCAGAUCUUGUUAAGAUAAACCUAUAGUUUUAGCAAUGAAAGUUUAAACAUUAU